GGUGACGUCAGAGAGGCGCGACCAAGCCGGCGCUGGGGGAAGGAGCUGCCGAGGGAUGCCCAAGAAGUUCCAGGGCGAGAACACCAAGUCGGCGGCCGCCCGGGCACGGAGGGCUGAGGCCAAGGCUGCGGCCGAUGCCCGGAAGCAGAAGGAGCUGGAGGACGCGUACUGGAGGGAUGAGGACAAACACGUCAUGAGGAGGGAGCUGCGCAAGGAGGAGAAGGAGAAGCGGCGCCUGGAGCAGCUGGAGCGCAAGAAGGAGACGCAGCGCCUGCUGGAGGAGGAGGACUCGAAGCUCAAGGGCGGGAAGGCGCCCCGGGCGGCGCCCGGCAAGCUCACGCGCGCGCAGAUCGAGGACUCGCUGCGCCGCGAGCACCCGCNCCGGCCUGGCCGGCCCCCAGCAGAGAGAGCCAAGAGCCACCUGGAGGUGCCGCUGGAGGAGAACGUGAACCGCCGCGUGCAGGAAGAGGGCAGCGUGGAGGCGCGCACCAUCGAGGACGCCAUCGCCGCGCUCAGCGUGGCGGAGGAGGCAGAUCGGCACCCGGAGCGCCGCAUGCGGGCGGCCUUCACAGCUUUCGAGGAGGCCCAGCUCCCUCGCCUCAAGCAGGAGAACCCCAACAUGCGGCUGUCGCAGCUGAAGCAGCUGCUGAAGAAGGAGUGGCUGCGCUCCCCCGAGAAUCCCAUGAACCAGCGGGCCGUGCCCUUCAACGCCCCCAAGUGAGACCGGAACUGAGAGCGCCGCCCCUUCUCGCGGUCGGCCGCCGCGCUGUUCCCCUCCCGCGGGCUCUGAUGCCAGGAUCGCGGGGCAGCGUGGGCGCUGGCACCAUCAGCGCCAUCGCGGGACAGAGGGGCCCUCCUCGGCGACACCCUCACCGCGCGUGCCUCCGUCGCCCAGGCUGAGCGCCCAAUAAAGGCGGGCAGGCUGCGCGA